AUGUCCAAGGCUAUUACCUUGAUGCCUGAGACAAACGGAAGGAGCUGCCGGCUUUGUGCUAAACUUUGGAAAGCUGCUCCAUUAUCACUCCUCACUAGCAUUACGGAUGCCAGGAUAGAGUGGUCGUUGACAAGCCAAUUGUCCUUCCUAGGGGCCGCGAAGGUUGCUUCCGAAAGCAUUGCUCCCAGGGUGGAGGGGCUAUGGAAGCUUCGGUUCCCCAAGAAGAAGAUUUGCAUUGUUUCUAGAUCACUGAUGGUGGACACUAGAAACUUCGGCCGGGUGAGCCUUAAGGUUACCAAAUCGGCAUUCCAUCUUGGCCCGGUGAAGGAUGCAGGUCGGGCCGGCCAUAAUGGAAAUAAGCGUCGUCACCGAAACUCGGCUACUAAGGACGAGGCUCACUACUAUGUAACCCGUCCUCAGACGCUAAUCUUUGUUCUUUAUGGAUUCCAAACUCUCGUUCUCUGA